AGCUGAGCGGAGACAUGGCUCUGUGCAGCUUCCUCUGCAAAAUCGGGCUCUGCUUUUUAUUGCAAUCCGCUGUCAACGCGGUGGGAUCUGUGGGCAGGUCGAGGGUCGCCCAGAGGUGUUACUGUGAUCUGGAAGUGCCGGACGGGCUAUUCCCUGUGCAGCAGCUAAAUGAACUACACAGGCUGUGUGUCAACUGCACUCGCACGCUCGCUGGCCAAGAGUUUGACAAGGCUGUGGAUAUCGUGGUCAGCCUGGAGCAGAGGCUGACUGACCUGCAGCAACGCAUCAAUGAAUUUGAAGAAGAAUACGAAGGUGGACUGUACAGCAUCAUUUCAUUCCGGAUAAUAGAGAUCGAAAUCACUGAGCUCCACGACUUGUUUCAGGAACUUCAAGAAAAGUACACGAGCAACCAAAAUGAUUUGAGUGGGCAGAUUGUACAGAUUGUUAACAUCACCGACCGUGUGGACGAGCUCCAGAAAUAUGACCGGCAGAAUGUAGUCCAAGAGCAGAGAGAGAACGCCAGGCUGAGAAGGAGUCUGUCUUCUUGCAACGAUGAGCUCUUACGAACAGUUGCUCCACCUACCACCCCACAUCCAGGUUCUUGUUCAUUCGGUGCUUUGCGGGGAGUUUCUGAACCCAGGAGCUCAAUCCUCAGCCAUUAUGGUACUUCUUACUUUUAUGGCGGCUGGGGGAACGAUCCAUUGCCGGCAGCUGGUAAAGAGAAUCAAUACUGGUUAGCAAUCAUGCUGAAAAGUAACUAUUAUGGAAAUGUAAUUCGUAUUUACCCUUCUUUUGGCACAUUCCUCAGUAAAACCUCUCACACCGACGUGACCAUCCCGGGCACCCAUAUCCAGGGCACCGGUGGGAUAAUGUAUGAAAACUGCUUCUAUUUCAACUGCUACAAUUCACCAAAGCUCUGUAAGUUCAAUAUGACGGCAAAGACUGUUCUGUCCGACGACCUCCCAUUCGCAGGUCACAACAACAAGUUUCCAUACUGCAGGCCCUCUUCCUGUUUACUGUACACGGACAUAGACCUGGCAACUGAUGAAAACGGUCUCUGGGCACUGUAUGCCACUGAAUCCAACUUCGGAAACACGGUCAUCAGCCUGGUCAACACCAGUGACCUCUCACUGAUUAAGUCCUGGAACACCACCUUGUAUAAGAAAUCAGCAACUAACGCCUUUAUGGUGUGUGGGGUGAUGUAUGCCACCAGGUUUUUCAGUGAUGAAAUGGAAGAAAUCUUUUACAUGUUUGACACAACAACAGAAGUUGAGUUGAACAAUUUGAGCAUCCGUUUCCGAAAGGUGUCCUCUGGCAUUCAGCACAUAAAUUACAAUCCCAGGGACCAGAAGCUGUAUGUGUACAGUGAUGCAUUUCUUGUUACACACGACAUAAUAUUUGGAUAAAUUUGAUUUUCUUCCAAUUAAAAAA